AGGCAGGUCCUACUAAAUACUAGUAGCAAUGGAAACUAGAUCAAGAAAAUCCAGAUCCCUAACUCCAUUUUCAGUAGAGAAAUUCAGUCAAGAAUUUGUUGAAAAAGAAAGCCUAGCUGAAAAUAGUGUUGGGGUUACAAGACAAACGACUACUUACAAAGUUAAAGAAUCUGCUAAUUCAGUAGAUGAAGUUACAUCUACAAAUAAGGUAACAACAAAGAAAACAUCUGGUUCAGAAAAGGGCAAGUUUCAAUCCUACAAAACUUCAGAUUAUUCCUCUGAAGAAGGGGACAAUGAAGUUAGCUCUACAAGAAUCAUAAGCCAGAAUGAAAAAAAUCAGAUAAUUGAAGAUGCUAGAGCUGCUGCAAAUGGCGGAGGGGGUGAAAUAUCAGCAUUAGACCUGUACAAGAAAUCAGGAAGAUAUUGGGAAAUAUAUCCGAAAACGGAUUAUACCUAUUCGCCUCAUUCGAGGGAUAGGGUAGAACUAGCACCGGGUGUGGUAGCAAUGCCCAACAUGUCCAGAAGAAAUAUUCAUUCGGUACACAACUCGGAUGCUUCAACUUCAUUUACAGAAGUAGAGCACAAAGAGACCAAUACAGAAUCGUAUUCUUUAAGAAGCGCUUCAGACUUAUACGCGAAUUAUCAACCAAGGCAGCUGUUCAAUAAUAACUAUGAGCAUAAUUACUUAAAGACUAGCAGGAAAACUUCGCUUACAUUUUGGUCUAAAACGAAAACUAUGAUAACAUCGACGUUUACAAGGAUCGUUACGAUUAUUACAUCGAUGUUAUAUGUUUGCUUUCAAAUACAAACUUCUUCACUAUCGAAGCUACACAAAUUGGCCAGUAAUGUGAUGUUGUGGGACACCUGGUUGUUAUGGAAAAAUAAUCCAGGGAAUAAAGCUGCUAAAUUGAUGGCUCUAUGUGUUAUUCCUUUAUUGCUUUUAGGAGGCUGGUGGUCGUUAUCCAACUUAGGCAGCUUAACAAAUUCAAGUUAUUCAGAACCACUUCCGGAUGAAAAUGUAAUUUUCAGUGCUUCCGAAAACGAAAACUUAUUUAAAAAAGAGCAAAUAAUUCAAGAAGGAAAUUUAAAUCCAUUUAUUGACAUUAGCGGAAAUGAGAUUAUUGUUAAUCAACAAAAAACAAUAGAUUAUUUAAAAAAGGAGCUAACACAUUUAAAACGUGAAAUGUUUCAAGUUGAAAAAACUAGACAAGAUGAUUUAAAUAAGAUUUUUGCGAGUUUAAAUUCUGAAAAACCGAAUAAUAAUGUACCUAUAAUCUAUCGCGUAAACCGUUGCUGUAAAAAUCCAAUCAUAGAUAUGGAAAAAUAUGUUAACAGAAUAUUUGUUAACCUUUUAAACGAUCCAGAUUUCUUAAAGAACCAGAAAGGUUUAACCGAUUACCUCCAUACAAUUUUCGCUGCUAAACAAGAGUUGGAACUAAGCUUACAUAAUAUUACAUCCAAUUUAGAUUUAAAAUAUAACAAUUUAAUACAAGAUGGUACUCUUAGACUAAUGGAUGAAGUAACGGCUAAAAUAAAACGAGAAAUAAGCAACCGAUCCAAAUAUGCAGAUAUGGGAAGUAUAGACGUUUCAAACGUUUCAGAUGAACAUAUAAAAAAAAUUGUUAGGGGCAUUCUAGCUCUGUAUGACGCGGACAAGACCGGUCUGGUAGAUUACGCUAUGGAACCAAUGGGAGCUCAAAUUUUAAGUACACGUUGCACAGAAAAUUACCACUAUGGCAAAGCAGUAGUUUCAGUUCUAGGUAUUCCUUUGUGGUACCCUGUCAAUUCACCGAGAACUUUAAUCACUCCCGGAAUAAGUCCGGGACAAUGCUGGGCUUUUCAGAAUUUCCCCGGAUUCGUCAUGAUACGAUUAUCUAAACGGGUCAAAGUAGAAGCCUUCUCGGUAGAACACAUCAGUAAAUUGUUGGUACCGAACGGAGACGUCGAUUCAGCUCCCAAACAGUUCGAGGUAUACGGUCUAAAAGACGAAUACGAUAAGGAACCAACAUUGUUGGGCGAAUAUGAAUAUGACCACGAAGGGGAAUCGCUACAAUUCUUUGGCGUUGAAAAAGACAAUCAAAUAUUCGAAAUAAUCGAAUUAAGAAUAAUUUCAAAUCAUGGAAAUCCAAAUUAUACUUGUUUAUACAGAUUCAGGGUGCACGGUAAGAGUGUUUGAAAUCUGGAGUUGUAUAAUUUUGGCAUAAGUAAAAUUGUAUCGAAAACGCAAUAAAUAGAUGUUUACAGGGUGUCUCGAAAUUAGACAGUAAAAGUUUAUGUAAACAGGUUCGAAAACGUUUUGAUGAUACAUUUUUGUAAAUAUUUUCUAAACUUUUAAAGAUAACUAAGUGAAAUUUGGUACAAAUGUUAAACCUUUUGCGCCCUAUUUAAUGGACUAAACCCCAGUUUUUAAUCAUCUUCAUAGGUGGGUAAAUUAGGGGAGGGGCUUAGGGUGAAAUUGUUCUAAGUUUUUUUUUGUUAACUGUUUUUAACAUUUUUGACUACAAUAUUUGGAAAACCAAUAUUUUCUUUACAAUAAAGCUACUUUCGUUGUAUCUCUCUAGGACGCACCAUUUUCAAGAGAAAAGCAUUUGAAAAUGUCAAUUCGAAAAGUGUAAACAAUAAAUAAUUAGUAAGCUUGUUGAAUCAGAAAUUCUAUUUUUUUUUUUUAACUUUGAAAACCGAUGACUUAAGAAAUUCAUCCCAUAUCUCGAAAACGAAACGUUUUCGGACCUGUUUAUAUUAAGUUUUACUCCUAUUUUAGUAUGUAGAUCAAGCUGUUAAAAUAUGACCGUCUAAUUUCGGUACUGUAAAAGCGAGUGCCAGUCAACCGAGUAAGAGAAAGUUUAAGAUUUGGCGUAUCUGUGAUAAUUAUAAGACAAGGUGAUUAAAUGAAUAAUUACAAAUACAUAUGAAUAAAUAAUUAUCUUUCACGAUUUAGGUAUUAUAAUUUAAUCGUCUUAUUUAUUCUUUUUUAUAUUUAAACAGACUACUUUUUAAAAAAGUUGCCUUGUAAUUUUUAGUAAGAUUGUGGCCUUAACUAAUAUUUUUAUAUAAAUGAAGGUUAACAUCUCCUCAAAUGUGGUCAUCUUCAAUAAAAUAAAAAAAAACGCAAAAUCAUUACCAUCUAUUACAUAAAGUUUAUUGCUGACAGUAACUAGGGUUGCCACCUUUUUGAAAAGUGAAUAAAUACUACGAUGCUGACAGGGGCUCCGGUAUACAAAAAGUCCUAAAAAAAGGUCGCCGAGCUUGUAACUAAAUAUCUUCCUUGUCAUGCUACCGAGCUUCAAAAAGAUCCUUAGGUUAUAUAUUUUUGUACAAACCAUGUCCCUUUCAAAGAUAUGUGCUAUAAAAAAGACAUUUUAAGCUUUAAAAAGUUACAAGGACAUUUUGCUUUAAAAAAGGACAGGUGACAACCCUAACAGUAACCAAUCUUGACUCCGCGGAAAUCACCAGCCAUUAAAAGUGUGUUUUUUUUACUGUUAAAACUGAUAUUGAUUUUGUGUUUUUGUUACUCCAUUAAUAUUUUUACAUUUUAAAAUGACGUUAUUGUUCUUUACUUUCGCACAUUAAAAAAUACUUUUAUUUACUUGAUAUGAACAACAGUUUCAUUUUAAUUCUAAUAUUAAAAAGUUAUCUACAAAAAAUGUUUCUGGCAGACAGACACGAGUCGUGUUUGAUAAUUAUGCACGGCUCGGCAGUAAAUCCAAACUUUGUUUUUAAUAAAUAC